AUGAGGCCUGAGAACCAGAGCAGCGUGUCCCAGUUCCUCCUCCUGGGGCUCCCCGUCCCACCAGGGCAGCAGGGCGUGUUCUUCACCCUGUUCCUGGGCAUGUACCUGACCACGGUGCUGGGCAACCUGCUCAUCAUCCUGCUCAUCAGGCUGGACCCUCGCCUGCACACGCCCAUGUACUUCUUCCUCAGCCACUUGGCCUUCUCUGACCUUUCUCUCUCCUCUGUCACUGUCCCAAAGAUGCUCAUCAACAUGCAGACUCGGCAACAAUCCAUCUCCUAUGUAGGAUGUAUUUCUCAGUUGUAUUUUUUCUUGCUUUUUGUUGGUCUUGACAAUUUUCUUCUGGCUGUAAUGGCAUAUGACAGGUAUGUGGCUAUCUGUCACCCCCUGCACUACACCACUAUCAUGAGGGAGGGGCUGUGUGUGCUGCUGGUGGCUGACUCCUGCAUUCUUUCCUGUUGCAGUGCCCUUUUGCACACCCUCCUCUUGGUCCGACUCAUGAGGCCUGAGAACGAGAGCAGCGUGUCCCAGUUCCUCCUCCUGGGGCUCCCCAUCCCACCAGGGCAGCAGGGCAUGUUCUUCACCCUGUUCCUGGGCAUGUACCUGACCACGGUGCUGGGCAACCUGCUCAUCAUCCUGCUCAUCAGGCUGGACUCUCGCCUGCACACGCCCAUGUACUUCUUCCUCAGCCACUUGGCCUUCUCUGACAUUUCUCUCUCCUCUGUCACUGUCCCUAAGAUGCUCAUGAACAUGCAGACUCAACAGAAGAGCAGCAUGAGGCCCGAGAACCAGAGCAGCGUGUCCCAGUUCCCAUAA